AGUGCGUCCUGGAGCCAUAAGUUUAUAAUUUGUGAUUAUUUCGUCGUAAUUUAUUUUACAUUUCGUAAUUUAUUGUUAGACACUGGUUGAAAGGUUAUUGUUAUCUAUCAGGGAUCAUUAAAAUGAUUUCAGACGAAGAUUAUUUGUGAUUUCAGUUUUCUGUUAUUGAAUAUUAAUCAUCCCCACUUUUAUAAAAUAAGUGUUUACAUCCGUUUUGUUGAUAUGUAUUUAUACUAAACAGAAAGCUUGAUUAAAUAUGCAUCUUUAAAUUUGUAUUUUAAUUUAAUAAUAACGACUUUUGUAUAAGUUUUUUUUUUUAUUUUCAUUGAAGACACUCCAUUGAGUUUUAUGCAUUCCAAAUAUUUUAAGCGUUCUUUACAAAUCCAAUGUAAUGUUAUUAGUUAAAGAUCUAGCAGAUGCGUCCUAUGUGAGUGGUCAGAGUAAAAAAGCAUCAUAUUUGCAGUUACUCUAAAUAGAUCAUGGCAUCUAGAUUAGAACGCUUGUUCUCAUUGCUAGAAAAUGGUUCUUCACCAUUAACUCGGAAAGCAGCUGCUGUGCAAUUAGGAGAAGUUCAAAAACUCCAUCCUCAUGAAUUGCAAAAUUUGCUGUCAAAGCUUCGCCGCUAUUUGUAUCACAGUAAUUGGGAUACUCGUAUUGCUGCAGGACAAGCAGUUGAAGCUAUAAUUAGUAAUGUUCCUGAGUGGAAACCAAAUGGUGUUUUGAUUAAGAAAGGUAAAGACACCAACCUUUUACCAAUGAAGAAAAUGAGAUGGGUUGAGUGGAGAGGGUUCUGA